AUGGCUUUACUCUUGGGAUUGCUGUUGUUGGCUGCUGGGCUACAUCCAUCCUUCCCUGCAGAUGGGAAUCAGGAUCAAGCUUCUGCUGCUUUGUCAACCAGCCUAAUAGAAGUCCAACAGGAGAUUGUAAAUAAACACAAUGAUCUAAGGAAGUCAGUCAAUCCACCGGCCAGCAACAUGCUAAAGAUGAGAUGGAACAGUGAAGCAGCAGCUAAUGCCCAAAAGUGGGCAAACCAGUGCAAAUAUCAACACAGUAACAGAGAGGAUCGAAGAAUCAAUAUAAGCUGUGGUGAGAACCUUUUUAUGUCAAGUGGCCCCACACGUUGGUCUCAAGCAGUCCAAACCUGGUAUGAUGAGAAACUUAAUUUUGAUUUUGGAGUAGGGCCAAAGACACCCAAUGCAGUAGUUGGACAUUACACUCAGGUUGUUUGGUUCUCAUCUUACAAUGUUGGGUGUGGAUAUGCCUACUGUCCUAAUGAAUAUUUAAAACACUUCAUGGUCUGCCAGUAUUGUCCUCCUGGGAAUGAUGCUAGCAGACUAUAUUUACCUUAUACAGAAGGAGAACCUUGUGGCAGUUGCCCUGAUCACUGUGACAAUGGACUAUGCACCAAUGGUUGUGAAUAUGAAAAUGUCUAUAGUAACUGUGAUGACCUGAAAAGAACACUAAGUUGUGAACAUCCAUUGGUUAAGGACAACUGCAAGGCCAGCUGCUAUUGUACGGAUAAAAUUUAUGGAAAGCCCCUCACAAACUGA